AGAUGAAGUGAUACUUGUGCAAUAUCCUGGACCAGAAGCAUAAUGUCGCAAGUCAGUCGGAAUAUCGGCCAGCAAGAAUUUGCAUAUCCAUCGAGCUUGAUCCAGGGUCAAUGAGUACAGAGCUCAUAUAUAAGAGUAUAUCGGAAUUUUCUCGCUUCGACGAUGGCUGUAUGACUUUCAGUAGUCUUAAUAGUCCCUUUGGGGAUAAUCUUGGGCAUGGUCUCUGCUUCUUCAAGGUAGGCUCGAACGAUCGAGCGUGGUCAGCCAUCCAAAAGGCAUGCGAAACAAUAGAAAGUGAAAUCAAGACGGGCAAUGCACUAUCCAUACUGGGACUUCUAACGACGCUAUCACCUGUCAACACUGCCUUGUGUCUCGAAGUGCGUGCCAGCCUCUUGGUACACAUUACCGAGCUGGCCAGCCUCUGUUUGGGGAGGCACCAUCCCCUCGCCGUCUUGGCUGGGGAGUUGAAAAGGCAAGACAUCGAACACUGGGUAUCUGAGACUGCACUAUCCUGCGCCUUGGAUACAUUCACCAAGUCACUGCAAACUCGCCGCGCAGCACGACACCUUGAGCACAUAUACAUGGACGUUGGGUCUUGGGCUGAGGCUUUGGCCGUUUGCUUCGACAUUGUUGGUCGGGUUGAUGCUCUUGGGCUACCAACGGAUGGUACACUCCAGGACAAGUACGCCACCAGGACGAUGGAAGACAUUGCUACAAUCUAUGAAAACACGGGCGACUUAGAGAAGAGUGCCACUUGGCUGAUGAAGGCAGGAACGAGCGCCUUUUCCCUAUGGGAGUUGGGCCGCAAACGACUUAUAUUGUCGACAAGUUGGAGGUGUUGCUCCAGGGACGUGGUAGGCUUGACGAAGCCCGAAUGUGGAGACGACUAGUACCCGCCAUUGGGGAGCCUUGUUAUAUAUCCAGUUCCGCUACUCACUUGUGAGCUCGGAGGCCUACAUGACUUAUCUUACUUGGUCUUGAAGGAGGUCUGCGAUAUUGGAAUAAGCGCAUUGUAACGACACGCUCUAAUUGCGGUUGCAAGCUCCUUCAACGUCUGGAUUUUGGGUGUGAUUUUGUAGUUUCGUCUUCUAAUAAACGAGGUCA